AUGGGUAUUGUGGAGAAGAUCCAGGAAAUUGAGCACGAGAUCAGUAGGACGCAAAAAAAUAAGGCCACUGAAUAUCAUUUGGGCCUUCUGAAAGCGAAACUUGCGAAAUAUCGGCAGCAGCUGCUGGAGCCUACAACAAAGGGUAGCUCGAAUUUGAUUAUAAUUAUAAACGCUAUUUUCCAGGUUGGCUUUCCAUCGGUUGGCAAAUCCACGCUGCUCUCGUCGCUCACCACUACCGAAAGUGCCGCCGCCUCGUACGAAUUCACGACGCUUACAUGCAUUCCGGGUGUGCUGGAGCACGAGGGCGCCAAUAUACAGCUGCUUGAUUUACCGGGCAUCAUUGAAGGUGCUGCGCAGGGCAAAGGUACAUAA